UGCAUUGAGGUAUUUGGUUCAAAUUCGCGUUUUGGAAAUGACGAUGAUAGGAUCUAGUUUCUCUCAAAAACGAGUUCCACCCAUUACGCCAUUUUAUGUAUCAUAUGCGCAUUGAGAAGGCGAGAAUCACCUCGAUCCUCGAGGCGGCCACUAAAUUAAUGCCAGUUUUAAGACAGGCGUGUUUAGCCGAUUAAUUAUCACCCGGCGCCAGCCUAACCAAUGCAAUAAUUUAUUGUGGCGUUGUACUGGGUGUGGAAAGUCAGAGGUAAGGUUAGCUUUGUAGCUUGCCCGGUAACGUGUGUGCCUGCUAUAGCCAACAAAAGGCAAGAGUGCUCAUCGCACAUUUUUCUCUGAGACGGUGAUCGACCAGGAGACACGUUGACGACUACCGUGCAGGAUACCAAGACUGAGGAGAUGGCGACCUCAGUGGGAAACGUGGCUGACAGCACAGGUAAUUUUUACUGUUGUCAAAUGGCGGAUAAUGUUGGUGUUUUAAAGCUGUGCAGAUGACCGCAUCGCAUCACAACAGAGGCUGUUAGCUCGUUAGCUUGAUGCGAUUGAGCUAGUAGCUAGCCGUACGCCAACCUUCAUCAAAACGGAUAAAGCUUCGGGAUGUUUAUUCCUGGCGACAUAAUACCUUACACCGUCUUGUUAAAGACACUGAAUUGAUAUAAAAUGUAACUAUAAUCACUAUUUUCCGGUAAAAUUCUUGGUUAUUGUCGAAUUAAUGUUAACGUCAGGCUAACUUCACAUGUAGCCGGUGGUUAUCCUCUUGAUGAUGUCGAUUAUUGUAGACAGGGGUAAAGAUAUUACACCAAUUGUGAACUAUUCCCUGUCAUGUCGAUGGAUUUAUUAAAAAUCGGUUUGGUUUAAUGUUAAAGUCAAACUAUUUACGCGUUACAUCCCUUUUAAUAUGAUCCACAUUAAGAUGUCGUUGUAUCUGUAGCCGUAGAGGAAAAUGGCUUCUCCUGUUAAAAACCGACAUCGCCCUCGGCUUGGGAUAGUUUUCAUUGCCCUUUGCUAUGCGGAAUGAUGCGAAGAUGUCCAUCAGUAAAAAAUAGCCCUGCAGUCCCCGAUUUGGUGCAGAUGCCCAAGGUUUACUAUAGUUUUUUUUUUCAAUCCUGCUGACAUUGCUGUCAAUCUGAGUAUAAAAUGAACGCUAUUAAUGUUUGUCAUUGAUUAUUGUCAACUGAUGCAUGACUGUAAAUACAAAAUCAGGACUAGUAGGGUUGCCGUAUAGGAAACGCUUCAUCCAUCGUACACGCAGGUGCAAUGACGUAACACUGACGGAUGGACGAACCUGAUCUACUGGAGAAGUUGGCAUUAAGGCUUUAAUUCUGCUAGGUGUGGAGUUAUUAGACUUAACAAAAGCCGUCAUACCUCCUCCACCCUCUACAAUCCUGAACGUGCAUGUCACGUUGUUCAAUGUUGAUUUCAACCCAAGAAACCUGACCUGGAAUGACAGUCGAUGUUCAUUAGGAUUUAAAGAGAUAUUCCAGCGUAAAAUUAAUUUAGGGUCGAACACACCGUAACACUGAGUUAGACACCCCCAAGAGAUGAAUGUUGCCGAAUGCUCGCUUCUGUAGUCACACCACCUUUAGUAACGACUGCAGGACAGUAGUACACAGUGGUCUGAGGAGCCAUAAACAAACCUCAACCAAAUAGUCACUCUAUAGCCACAAAUAAUGCUCAGAACUGCACCUAACUUCAUCAUCAGUUAGUGCUGGACGAUAAUUCGAUAACAAUAUAUAUCGCUCGAUAGACGUGUGCUGCGAUAGAAAAAAAACGGGUCGAUAAAAAGUUCGAUAGAAAAACACAGUUUCCCUUUCUUUUUCAUCAUAGCCUAUCAUGUAGCUUUUACUACAGUCAUUACUUCCUCCCAACCAAUCACAAACGCAGACCCAGGUACGCUACGGCACCAAGCCCAGCCCCUAUCAAACCACAACAGACAGCACGUGUAUUAGAAAAAAUGAUACAGCAAGGAGAAGCGGAGGACAUUGUCAGUAGUUCACCAGCAUGGCAAUGUUUUGGUUUUUAGAAGUCUGACAAAAAGCGAACAGCGGUCGUUUGCAAAAUUUGCAGAGAAUUGGUAAAAACCAAGUCUGGUAACACAACCAACUUGUUUUACCAUCUAAACCGGUCGCACCCGCAGGAGUACGAGCUGUGUCGGCCGCGCCGCGGCUCCACGUCGUCGUCGGAGGAGGAAUCCUCUGGAACCGCUGCCAGCACCAGCACAAAGCAUGUGAAGCAGACCAAACUGGACUUCGUUUCUUGCCAAAAUACGACAAAGCGUCCGAGCGGCAUAAGGACAUCACCCAUGCAGUAACAUGCUUCAUAGCGAGGGACAUACUGCCAGUAACUACCGUUGAAAAGCCUGGCUUCGACCAGCUUCUAGCCACUCUCGACCCGCGAUAUGAAGUGUCCGGCCGCAAGUAUUUCUCAAACACAGCGCUUCAGGCAUGAAAAUGGGUCAGGGGUUGAAAAGGUGAGAAGAAUGCAUCCCGUCCACUCAUUAGCUUCUUAAAGUGGAAGAAAAUGAGCUCAUAUUUCACAAAGACGCGAGUAUUUGGAUCAUGGCUACUAGCAGGGGGUGCAUUCGGCAGGGGUGCAUUCUACGACACAACACCGGCGUGGAUAAGUCCUGCUUCUCGUGCUCAGUUUGCGUAUCAAGUCAAUCACAUGAUAAUUAAAAUAAAUCUCCCGACCCCGGGAGAAAUAUUUCAGUGUUCAGACACCAGGCUGUGGGCAGUUUCUCACACAGUUAAAACUGGUAGUAUGCUAUUCCCACCUAAAGCUAUUCUGUUUAUUUAUAUAUUUGUUUGUUUUGUUUAUUUUCAUCAAAAGACUAUUUAAAUAUUUAUUUAUCAGAUUUUCUGGUCACUUUAGUCUUUAUGUUUGUCAGUAUUUACUGACGUCACUCAGGCCACUUAAGUUGAUUUCUUUUUUUUUUUUUUAGUUCUUUUUUAAAAAACUUUCAGUUGUGGUAAAAUAAAAAAGGUGGUUGAAUAAAGGUUUGAAUUUGAAUUCAGUGCCUGUGUGUUCUUUAUUAAAAGUAGGUCAUUAAGCAAUAGCAUAAAACAUCCAGGGCUGCAAUUAAAAUAUAUGUUAAAUAACUAUAAUAAUUAUAUCGAUAAUUAUCGAUAUCGAUCAAUAUGAUUUAUUUUUUAUCGAUAUGCCUUUUUUCUAUAUCGUCCAGGCCUAUCAUCAGUACAUAAAAGAUCCUAGCCACAGCACUAGCCAUCAAACAUCUUUUUAACUUUGCCUAAUUUCUUUAACAAAGAGUCUCAACAUAACUCACCUACUCUCUUCCAGCAGCCGUUUGUUUGUAGCAAGACCUCGGGCCAUUCCACCAUGGACUACAGCGGGGUGACGCAGCUCAAGGAAGAACAUUUAUGAUCAUUACUUUAUCAUUUUCUUGAAGUAACAAUCACCAUAUUAAUAAUUUUGCACUGCAGACGCAGUAGUUCUUCUGCCUUAGUGUCUCUGUCUGAUUGCAUUUCCAUGAAGAAAUGAUUAUAAAUGUUCUUCCUUGAGCUGCGUCACUCUGCUGUAGUCCGUAAUGGACUGGCCUGAGGUCUCUGUUCAAACAAGCGGCUGCUGGAAGAGAGUGGGUGAGUUGUGUUUAGUCUCAUUGCUAAAGAAAUUAGGCAAAGCUGAAAAGAAGUUUGGUGGCUAGUUCUAUGGCUGGGACCCUAUAUGUACUGUUGAUGAAGUUAGGUGCUGUUCUGAGUAUGAUUUGUGGCUAUAGAGUGGCGUUUUGGUUGAGGUUUGUUUAUGGCUCCUCAGACCGCUGUGUAUUGCUAUCGUGUGGUCGUUACUAAAGUUGGUAUAACUAGAGAAGCAAGCAGUCAGCAACAUUCAGCUCUUGAGGGUGUGUCUAAGUCGGUGUUACGGUGUGUUUGACCCUAAAUUAAUUUUAUGCCGGAAUAUCCCUUUAACUCUAGUACACCUAUUGACACCAAAAUAUGAUGAGACAUUGAUAUAGAAAGAAACAUUUUGACAAAACUUCCAAGUUGCAGAGGCCAAGAGAAUAAUAGAGAGACAAAAGAUUAUCUAGUUGUGUUAAAAAUACCUCAUUUCAACCUCAGAUAUAAUCUUUUCAGCCUGUAUUGUAAUUAUACGAUUUAUGACUAUAUGCUGUCAAGUUUUCAAUUCAUCUGUAAAAUGUGUGUUAAAAGUAACUUUAAAAAAGGUCAUUGCUGCCAGUGAAUUGUCUCCUCUCCUGCUCAUUUGUUCAUCACAUUCAUUGAUUUUAUGUCCGUGUUUUAUGUUGCAUUUUUUUUACUUUGUUGAUAAAGUUCAACUCUAGCAGAAAAAAAUAUCUCCAUAAAAUAUGUUUUUGUUAGUCAAACAAUGCACCAUGUCAAGUGCAAAGUCACAAAAAAUAAUGCAGCCUCACUUUUUGUUAUGAUCACAACUUCUGUUUUCAGUCGGACCUUAGUCCAUUGCUUGAUCUCAGUUGUGUUCAAAUUCUAGAGCGCUAUUUUUCAUUGACAUCACUUGAUUUAUUUUUGGUUUUCAUUUGUCUGUUCUAAGUUCUUCCAUCACCUCUAACAUGUUGUUUCCCCCUCCUUGGGCUGUGUUGGUGCUCCAGAACCGACAAAACGUAUGCUUUCCUUCCAAGGGUUGGCUGAACUGGCGCAUCGGGAGUAUCAGUCAGGGGACUUUGAGGCAGCCGAGCGCCACUGCAUGCAGCUAUGGAGGCAAGAGCCUGAUAAUACAGGCGUUCUGCUACUCCUGUCCUCCAUCCACUUCCAGUGCCGAAGGCUCGACAGGUGAGGUGUGGGGGGCUGACAACGUGCUCUGAGCUUGUGGCGUGGAGGUGGGAGAGAAUAAAGGGUCUUCUCUGACAUUCAGCGCUCACAGCUGGUUUCAGCAGUCAAAUAUAACUACUGCACUGGACUCUGGAGAUCCUUCCACUCAAUCUAAUACCUUCAAAACUUUCUUCCCCUUGAGAUUGUCACAGUCUUUUGGUGGUGGUCAAACCCUUGCUUUACAGGUAUCACGGUGAAGAAUCUGGUUUCUGCUACAUACGGGUUUAAACGUGAUUUUACUUUUUCUAUCCUUACAAUCAUCCAGUGUACAUUCAAAGCAAUUUGAAUGUUGUGUGUGUAGUUAUCGUUUAGUAUGUUGUAAUGGCAAGUAGUGAUAUUUUGGUGUGCAACCCAAAGUGUUUACGAAGUAUCAAUGUAGACUUUGCACUGUGUGACCAUCGUGGGCAAAUAUAUAGCAUACUUUUUGCCUUAGAUGCCCCCCUUGUCUGUGCAAAGAGUUUGGAUGUGGAACAUGCUAUUGACUUGAUACCACAUUGGCAUGCUGGCAUAUAAUAAAGUCGGCCUGCAAUUUUAAAGGUACUCAAAAACCAUGUUAAUGUGUUUAUAAAAACUCCACAUAUAACAUAGAACAGGAUUCUCAGUUUCAGUGUUGCUCUGCCUCGCCUUAGUGCUUUGAGCCACUAAUGCCAGUCAUUCAUUUCUAUAAAUGUAACCACAUUACAAUCAUUCUUGCCCGACAGGUCUGCUCACUUCAGCACCCUGGCCAUCAAGCAGAACCCAAUGUUAGCUGAGGCCUACUCCAACUUGGGGAACGUAUACAAGGAGCGUGGACAGUUGCAGGAGGCCAUCGAGCAUUAUCGCCAUGCUCUGAGGCUGAAGCCUGAUUUCAUCGAUGGCUACAUCAACUUGGCAGCGGCUCUUGUGGCCGCAGGCGACAUGGAGGGAGCAGUGCAGGCUUAUGUGUCUGCUUUACAGUAUAACCCUGUAAGUUGCUCAUCUAAUAGCGCGAGUACUUUAAAGAAUAACUUUAGGAAUUGUAGCAUCAGAGUAAGAAUGUGCAUUUUCUUUCAGGAUCUUUACUGUGUGCGUAGUGACUUGGGCAACUUGCUCAAAGCCCUUGGGCGUUUGGAAGAGGCUAAGGUAUGAAACACCGGGUUGGCAUUUGUAUGGAUGUCUUGUCAUUUUUUGUUUUGUUUUCCCCUCUCGAUCAUUUUUUUAUUUUAUUUUAGUGUCCCCCCUCUCCAGAAAGCCAUAGAUGGUGUUCCUUUUGACCCUUUGAUAUUUUUCAGCCAAUUUCCAGUCCUUUCCCCUUCAACUCCCUUGGCUAAGUAAAGAGCUGUAACUGGUAGCUUUUUCUCAUUUUUCAGAGUUUUCCAGUAGUUAUCUUCUUACCACUUGCUUACUAAAAAACUGUUUAAGUAUCAGGGCGCAUUGAGCUUUCUGUAUUUUUGAAAUUUCUAGUAAAAGACUCUUUCUUGACUACUUUUUAGACAGCUUAAUGUUAUUAUGAUUUUUUUUAGCAUUACUCUUUUAUUACUUUUACUUUUGUCCCCAUCUUGUACCAGUCUUAGUCCUAUUGUCCUUUGCGUUAUCUUGACCUUUUUGCUACAGGUCCCCCCCCCCCCCCCAACCCCCACCCCCCUUUCCAGGAAGAAAGGCUGGAGCUUUAAAUUUGCAUCUAGGAAUAUGUAAAGUCAUCUUUGGACCUCAGCUCAUGCAUUUUCAUAUAGUUGACUUUGGAGGGAAAAUGCUGGCUCGGCCUUUGAAGAAUCUAUGAACUGAUGAGACACUAGUUUAUCUUUGCAGGGCAAAAGAUAAGAUGGUUUCUAACCUAGCCACUGUACUCCAGUGUUAAUAUUGACUGCCCAACAACAAGCUUAAUGUGUCAAUAUAGUUACUACCAAUGGGGGUGUUUUCCAAGUGUUAUUAUCCCUUUGUCAAUUAUUCACUUUGUCAAUUUUGGAGGGGGGUCCCUGGGUUGUGGGAAAUCUGGAGAUGUGGAGUUGUCCCACUGGUUACAGGCCAUCUUAUUUUGUGCUUGAGGGGGGGUCAAGGAGUGGGGAGGAGCAUCAGGGAGCCACGCUCUUCCUGCUCUGUCGCUCCACCCCCCGCGCGCUUGCUGAGGAUUGGUGGAGUGCGCGUGCUAAGAGCUGUCUUCCUGACCUUCCAGGUAUGGGCAGUUAGUGCCAAAUACAUCUAUGUAGAUCCAGGAUCUUCAUGGAUACUUGCAAUAGUUGGUCUUUUUACUGUUACCAGUAAUGAAAAAAGACUAACCAGUUGGUGAUCUAUUGCGAUAUUCACCAUUACUGUAAAGGGGCUUAAACUAUGUGGGUUUUUCAUUUAAGUGCCUCAAAAUGGGCCAAGUUGCAUCAGGCAGACAGCUCACAAUUUGCGCUCCACCGCCUGCGUCAGAUGCUGGGUUAGAAAGACAGAUGCACGCGCAGCAACAGCGAUGACCUCUUUAUUUCAGAGCUGUGGAGGCUUCUAGAUACGAAUAAUUACACCACAGACUUCUCUCCCUAUUUCAUUGGCCAGGACUCAAGAAAGCAGGCAACGAUAAAGAAAUCAAAGCUUUAAAACAUUUUAUGACUAUGCUAAAAGUUAAAAAAGCAAUGAUUGAUCCGUCUUCCCUUUUUAUGUAAUACUACUCCCAAAGAAAUGGGAUCAGUUCAUUUGGGCAAGAUCAAGCCAGUAACUGCCCUCCUGUAGUUUGACAAUACAACUGAUUUGAAGUACAUCUAACAAAUUGAUAAACUGAACAAAUCAAAGCCUUUCUUCCCUCCCAGUUCCCCUUAGAGUUUUACAAACAUUUUGUUCAAUAUGAAACAUUCAUUGCAUGAAUGAAAACCAAUAAUAUUUUUUGUGUUUGUUGUGAUUUGGAAGAAGCUGUAUUAUUUCCAUAAUAAGAAAAGAAUGCAUUGUUUGAAAACUUUUACUAACGAUCUUGUUUUCUGAUUUUGUCUCUUUUGGUUUUUCCACAACUGAUAUUGUUAUUUAGAAGGUUUCAGGUGGGUGACACUAUUCCUGCCUAGGUGCCUGGCGGAAAGGAACACUAGGGCAGCCUCAGUCCUCUCCUCUUCAGCCAGCCAGCUGCGGCCACCACUCUGACAAAGUCCAAAAAUAUGGUAACGGGUUUGUAACUGCCAACAAAAAAAAAAAAAAAGAAAAAGAAAAACAACCUCACUUCAUGCUUGAGCUCCUCUAUCUUGUGGCUUCCUUCUGAAGACCAACAGAAAAGAAGUAACUAAACAAAUUACAGUAAGCAUUUCUGAAAGUAUGCUAUACUAAUUACCCAAUUCUACAUUAAAUAAAAAGAAACUUGGAUUUGGAAGCAGUAAUCUUGAAAAUCAAGUAAGAACCCUCUAACUCUUACAUGUUGUUUAUUUUUCCUAUUUUGUUUUGUUUUUCCUUCUUUAUUUGGAGUUGCAGCGUUCUGAUGAUGAUGCAGAUAGUGCGCUGUGAGUCUGCAGUAGCGCAUGGGCUGCGCAGCGAUUUCUCCAAGCUACCAAAAAGGCGGAAAGCGCAAGCAUGCGACACCCACUCCCCUCAAUCCCUUUGGCCUGUUGGUUGCUGACCUCUCCCCACUCAAAACUAGCCUCGCCCCAAAUGCCCCCCAGAUCUCAGAAUUGGCUUUAAAAGAGCAAUUUUUUAGAACUAAUUUAAUAAAAUUACCACAACAGACAACUAUUUGCUGGCAGUUCAUCCCAAAAAUUCCCCAUGUUGUUGUGGCAGUGUUUCUGAUGGUCUUUCCAUCCCUCACAGAACCCCCUCCCCUCUGAGAGCCUCUGUGGAAGCUGAGUGUGUGCCAGUCUGGUGUUGCAGUUAUUCUGCCAGGGGUUGUUGGUCUGCAGCUGUCUCAUUUGGCCAUUCAGCGGGCGCAGCAGCGAAAGCAAUGAUCUUUGCCAGGAGCAAGGUCACGCAAGCGGCAUUAUGGUGCAUUGUUGUGGUGGUGGCGGCAGCAGACACUCACCGCGCGCCAGCGUUUGUUGCGCAUGCAUUACAGGGACCACCACUUGCACAAACUGUCAAGCAUCCUAGGUUGUGAGAUAAUAUGCCCACAUAAAGCUGAAAGCGUUCGUGCUGAUAACUGUAUAUAUAUUCUUAGUUUUUAACUCUAUGCUGUUGGUUGUAAGUAAAGGGUGUUUGUAAGGAUUUUGUAACUCAUGUGGGGACCACAACUCUUUGCAAAUGUGGUCAUAACUGAAGGAUGAGGGCGUUUGUGUGCGUGUCGGUUGGAUCUGCGCAGCGUAGGAAAAAGCAAUGCAGCUUAGCGCGGCAGACUUGUGCGCACGUAAGCCCAUACUGCAGACUCACUUUUUGCCAUGAUGGAGAACAGCUACUAAUUUAUCUCUCCCCGCCCUUUUUGUUUUUUCUUACUUUUAUUCUCAAUCUUCUAUUCGUUUUUAUUUUACAAUCCCUGCCCUCCCCGCCCCUCUACACACUAUACCUCUCCUGCUCUACCUAUUCUCCUCCUUUCCUGUGGUUUUUCAUUAUAAACCCACUAAAGGCUUGUUACCUGAAAGCCAUUGAGACUCAACCCAACUUUGCAGUAGCUUGGAGCAACCUGGGCUGUGUGUUUAAUGCCCAGGGAGAGAUAUGGCUGGCAAUACACCAUUUUGAAAAGGUUGGUUACUAAAUACCUGAGCAGUUUUCAACCCUACUAAGUUUUUUAUUUUUUCCUUGAAGUUUUUAAUUUUUUAAAACUCGUCUUUCGUUUUUCCUUUUUUUAGGCGGUGACUCUGGACCCAAAUUUCCUUGAUGCAUACAUCAAUUUAGGAAAUGUCUUGAAGGAAGCUCGUAUCUUUGAUAGGUAAGUCCAACCCCUUACAGUUUGACUUCACCUCUGGUACAGUCAUGUGGAGUCUUGUUUUUGAAAACAUCAUCCUAUCAGACCUGUAGUGGAGUUUAUCUUGAGUUACUUUUUAUAAUUCCUCAUCUGUGUGGAUCUUAUAGCUGUUUCAAAGCAUUGUAUUUUUUAGGCAAGGCAGAUUAGCUGCACCUACAGAGCUUCCAUUAUACUCAAGCAUAUGGAGUAACUUUUAAAAAGUUAAAUUUUUAUCAAUGAAUUCUUAACAGUGUGUGUAUUUGUAAUUGUGUACAAUUUUGCUCAGUUAAGUUUCUGCAUGUCUGGUGUUUUCAGAGCUGUGGCUGGAUACCUGAGAGCCCUGAGUCUUAGUCCAAACCAUGCUGUUGUCCAUGGAAACCUGGCCUGUGUCUAUUAUGAACAAGGCCUCAUCGACCUGGCGAUUGACACUUACCGUCGCGCCAUUGAAUUGCAGCCCCAUUUCCCUGAUGCCUACUGCAAUUUGGCAAACGCCCUGAAAGAGAAAGGCAAUGUAAGACAAUUCCUUGUGUGUGUUCUCUGUCUUGACCGUCAUCAAUUACCAAAAGCCUGAAAAUUUGUGGGCGUGAAAUCUAAAGCCUUUGAAAAUCUUAUUGUUUCACCCAGGUAUCUGAAGCAGAAGAGUGCUACAACACAGCUCUGCGUCUGUGUCCAACCCACGCAGACUCGCUUAACAACUUGGCCAAUAUCAAGCGUGAGCAGGGCAACAUUGAGGAGGCAGUUCAACUCUACAGGAAAGCCCUUGAGGUGAGUUUGAAGUAUUUUGUUCCUAUAUGAAAGAUACUAAACAUCAUCAUUGCAAUUGCUUAAAGUAAAGGCAUGGCUCUCUCGUACGGUUCUUCUUGGUAAGUUUUUUUGCUCUUCAUCAGGUGUUCCCGGAGUUUGCAGCAGCUCAUUCAAACCUGGCUAGCGUCCUGCAGCAGCAAGGCAAACUCCAGGAAGCCCUCAUGCACUACAAGGAGGCUAUCAGGUAUGUCAAAUGAACAGCUGGAAGGCCUGUUGAAUCUGUUAUUGCCAUUUUAAACAAACUGGACAAUGUAUUUUCAUUUACACAAGAAUGAACAACUGCUGUUGUAGUGUUCAUUAGUUUAAAAAAAAAAAGCAUGUCAUUUUCCACUAGAUGCUGCUGGCAUUUCUGUUGCUACACCCUACGUCACUCACUGUGUUAAUCUGAGCAGUUGUAGUUGUCAACAGUGCCUUGAAGAGGCACUUUCUUAUGUAACUGUUGAUAAUGACCUCCUUGGAAAUGGAAAUCUAACAGAGGUUUUCCCCUUUUUAUCUAGAAUCAGCCCCACAUUUGCUGAUGCUUACUCCAACAUGGGAAAUACGCUGAAGGAAAUGCAAGAUGUACAGGGAGCCCUCCAAUGCUACACCCGUGCCAUCCAGAUCAACCCUGCCUUCGCUGAUGCUCAUAGCAAUCUGGCCUCAAUCCACAAGGUAAGAAUUAUUCUUCAGUAUAGUAUGUGUGUAAUAAUCCACACAUCUGAUGCUGUCACAGGGUUUUUUUUUUGUUUUUUUUUAAGAGAACCACAUCAAAACACGAAGGACCUGAUUUCUUGGAGUCUUGAAGCACACUAUAGGGCUUAUCUGACCCACAUCUCAAACAGCACUUUAGUCUUAAUCCUUUUUUCCAGUUCCACAUAAUUUUUCAUACAGUAUCUUACAAACAGUUGGACUGGUCAACAGUAUUUUGGCAAUAUCUAAUACUGGCAAAAAUUUCAAGGUUUAGGUUUUUGCUUUGUUGAUGUCAGCCAACAAGAGAGUACUUCUAACAAGGACAAGUUACUGUAGAGUUAUUGACUUGCCUUGGUGUAUGUUUGUUCUUGUGUUUUAUUUACAAUUACUUGUGUAUUGAUUUUGCUGAAUGUUUCUCUUGACUCCCAGGAUUCUGGAAAUAUUCCAGAGGCGAUCGCAUCGUACCGGACAGCCUUGAAACUCAAGCCAGACUUUCCUGAUGCUUACUGCAACCUAGCACAUUGCCUACAGGUUCUUACGCUCACUCUAAUAUUCCCAGUUGAAGUAAUACUCCGUCAUCUUUUCAGGUUGUUAAAGUGAAAAUGCCUGUCACUCUUGCAGAUUGUGUGUGACUGGACAGAUUAUGAUGAGCGCAUGAAGAAGCUUGUGAGCAUUGUGGCCGAUCAGCUGGACAAGAACCGCUUGCCUUCGGUGCACCCACACCACAGCAUGCUGUACCCGCUCUCUCAUGGCUUCCGCAAGGCCAUUGCCGAACGCCAUGGAAACCUUUGCCUGGACAAGGUACACGCAAUGAUCAAAGCAAGUAACCUUUAAUUAUUUUUUGGGCCGGGGGGGUGGAAGGUGGCUGGUGAUGGCAGUGGCUCUCUGCAGCAAUAUGGGGAAGGUAAGGGAUGGGAAAAAUACCAGGCAGUGUUUUUUUAGAUCAAAGAAAAAGAGGUGAAUAGAAGAGGUGAAUGGGCUGCUUGCAGGGAUUGGGACUGUGGUGUAAUGUGAAAUAGAAUUCGGAUAAGUCCACAGUAGUUAUCCAAGUCAGUACUGCUACAAUUUGUUUAGAUCAGUUAAACUAGAAUUGUUUCACAGAGUUACCUGCUGUAGUUGUAUUCUGACAUACAUUGCUUCUCUUACAGAUUAAUGCACUGCACAAACCUGCUUUUGAGCACCCGAAGGAUCUGAAGGCCAGCGGUGGACGUCUGCGUGUUGGAUACGUCAGCUCUGACUUUGGCAACCACCCUACUUCUCACCUGAUGCAGUCUAUUCCUGGAAUGCACAAUCCAGAGAAAUUUGAGGCAGGCAGAAUUUGAUAUAUUAUCAGCUGUACAAAUAAAGAGGUUUAUGUGGUCCUCAUCGCAGUGGGAGACCAGUAAAAAUUCCAAGUGUGUAAAUGCAACACAAAAGGUGUUAACGCAGAGUGUUUUUCUUCAACUUUCCAGGUGUUCUGCUAUGCACUCAGCCCUGAUGAUAGCACCAACUUCCGUGUGAAGGUGGUAGCUGAGGCUCAUCACUUCACUGACCUCUCACAGGUACGUGUUUUGACCUUAUCUCUCUGUCUAGUAUCGUUUGUGUAUUUAUUGAGUACCUAUCAGCUGUUAAUGCCUCUGUUAGGAUUUUUCAUUUUAUAUUGAUUUUUGCUCCCUCUGUGAAUAAGGCAGUGCCUCUUUGAUUUAGACCGUUUGAUAAGUUGUGUUUAUUAGUUUAAAAACCUUAUCCUAUGAUCUGUUCAGUGACCUGUAUUGCUUAUCAAGAACAUCUGCAGUUGAAAAAAGUUGGACUGUAUUAGCUGGGGGAAGUCGGUCACGUUGCAUGAUACCUAUCCUCCACCAGCAGUUUCAGAAAUAAAAAAAGGGGUAUUUAGAAAUGAUCAGUAUGAUAAUGAUCAGGCUGACAUUUACAGGUCAAAGAAAAGCAUCAGUAUACAUUUUGUUCGGUUUUUAAUUUGCUAGAAAUUCCAAGGAGUCAUAAUGUUGUGUUACUCAAGAGUUGUCCUGUAUAAAAUUUAAAAAGGUUGACAACGGCAAAUGAUCUGAAAUGGCCCAAACAAUCUUCAACUGGAAAAACACAUUACAAGUGCACCUGCAGAAACACAUGGAAAGAGACCAAAACAAACACGAUGGUGGAAAGUGCAGCAAGUGCAAAACAACAUGCUGCAAAAGCUAAAACAACUGCAUAGACAGCAAAAAUCCACAAAGUUAGAAAGCAGCUGCAAAUAAACAAACAAAAAAAAAUUGAGAUUUAGAUGGUAAAGCCCUGGGCCCGCAGAGCUGCUGAGUAAUGGCAUGAUUUUACAUCUGCAGUGGGUUUCUGAGAAGCGUUUGUUGGACAGUUGUAUGCAUGUUUUGAAGUUGACUGUAUAAAGUUGGUGAACAAAAGUAUUUUUCUGAAACGUUGACCUGUCUCUUUAAGAUUCCUUGCAAUGGCAAGGCAGCCGAUCGUAUUCACCAGGAUGGAGUCCACAUCCUGGUCAACAUGAACGGAUACACCAAGGGAGCUCGGAAUGAGCUGUUUGCCCUCCGCCCUGCCCCUAUUCAGGUGAGGGUAUAAAUCAAGAUUAAGCUACAUAGAAACAUGUGCAAGAGUAUACGGUCCUUAUGAGAUUAAAGCGAUAACUUGAUAGAGCACAAGAAGUUCAGAAUGCACAGGUAAUAGUUUCUCUCUGUUCAACAGGCUAUGUGGCUGGGUUACCCUGGAACCAGUGGGGCACCUUUCAUGGACUACAUCAUCUCUGACAAAGAGACAUCACCCGUAGAAGUAGCAGAGCAGUAUUCUGAGAAACUGGCCUACAUGCCACACACUUUCUUCAUUGGAGACCAUGCCAACAUGUUCCCUCACCUCAAGGUUCGCAGUUCUUCACACUGCUGCUUUUUGUUAAACAAACAAAAGAACAGUAGUUUUUAUUUUUUUGUUAAUCAUAGAGAAAGUGUGAAAAUGAUACAAAAGACAACGUAAAGGCAACAUUAUUUUCACACACGGACAAAGAUAAAACAAAAUAAGGCAAAAGAAAAGAAACAAUUUUAUCUGUUUGUAAGAAACAUUAUUUUCUCGUUUUUGACCCACAGAAAAAAGCAGUGAUUGAUUUCAAGUCCAACGGACACAUCUUCGACAAUCGCAUCGUUCUCAAUGGUAUUGAUCUGAAAGCCUUCUUAGACAGUCUGCCAGAUGUGAAGGUGAUAAAGGUGAGUGAGGAAAUUAGUUAAUUCUAUCAAACAGAUCCUCUUUCCUUUAUUUAUUUUUUAAGUGUGAGUGGGGCCCUGUGGCUAAACGUUGCUCUACUAGCUAGCUUCUUUGACUUCCUGUGACAUUAAAAUGCUGACUGACAUACAGUAAUAGAGCAGGCCUGAACAAUGAUAGCUUCACAGUAUUUGUCCACCAGUUUUUAUUUUUAAAUUGGUGUUGAAAUCAUUUAAAUGUAUUAAUUACAUUAUCAAUUUGUUGAAUGACUGAAAUAAAAACUUUUCUGCGACCAGAUGAAGUGCGACAACAACCAGGAGGCCUCCGGGGAUACUAACGGAGCCCUGUCCAUGCCUGUGAUCCCGAUGAACACAGCAGCUGAAGCAAUCAUCAACAUGAUCAACCAAGGCCAAAUCCAGGUUACAAUCAACGGCUUCACCGUCAGCAACGGUCUUGCCACAACUCAGGUAUGUCCUGCUUGAAUAAAUUUGUCUACUAUUAUCCAAAUCUGAAGUGUGUAUCAUUAAUACAAGACAUGAACAAAUGAAGGGACAGAGAUUUAGUGACUGAGUUUGGAAAAACUGCUUUUCAGAUCACAGAUGUGGUAAUAGCCUCUGAGAUAUUGUCUCUACAGGUAUGAGGUUUUCAUAAAAGUUUGGAGGAGGCACAUGGCUGUUGGUGUGGUUUAUGGUGGAACAAUGGAUAAGCUUUCAAGUUAGAGUAUCUUGUCACGGGCUCUGCACUGUUAUGUGGUUCAAACAAUGGAGACUUAAAACCCUCGUGUGAAGCAUCUGCGUCACAAAGUCACACGUUUUGGUCCCCUGUUUCAGAUCAACAACAAAGCUGCCACUGGAGAGGAGGUACCACGCACAAUCGUGGUGACGACACGUUCCCAGUAUGGACUCCCAGAAGACUCUAUUGUCUACUGCAACUUCAACCAGCUCUACAAAAUUGAUCCCCCUACUCUUCAGAUGUGGGUUAAUGUAAGUUGAGUUAAUUGGUUAAAAAUUGCAACAUCUCCUAUAUUAAUAAAUUUUUCUACCCUUCAUCCUUCCCUUUAUUAUCUUUAUCGUUGAUCCUUUCUGCAGUCAUGGGGGAUCUAGAGCCUGUCCCAGCUGUCAGCGGGCAAGAGGGGUGUUAGAACUGGUCACCAGUCUACCACAGGACUAUUUUUUUUAAUCUGUGCUGUAAAUCAACUUCAAACCUCUGUGCUCUCUGCAGAUCCUGAAGCGUGUGCCCAACAGUGUGUUGUGGCUUCUCCGUUUCCCUGCUGUUGGCGAGCCCAACAUCCAGCAGUAUGCCCAGAAUAUGGGUCUGCCUGGCUCUCGCAUCAUCUUCUCUCCCGUGGCCCCCAAGGAGGAGCACGUCAGAAGGGGCCAGCUGGCUGAUGUGUGCCUAGACACUCCUCUAUGCAAUGGUCACACUACAGGCAUGGACGUCCUCUGGGCUGGAACACCCAUGGUUACCAUGCCAGGUAGUUGCACCGUAGUACCAAUUGGACAAGCCUAAAUCCACUGCUUCUUGUUUGUGAUUAAGAAUAAUCUGAAAGCAUUUAUAUUACAAUAGGAUGAGUUUUAAAUCUGGCUGCUUUUUAAUGUUAAAAUAUCUUUGUCCAGGUGAGACCCUCGCCUCACGCGUGGCUGCAUCACAACUUAGCUGUCUGGGCUGCCCUGAAUUAAUAGCCCAGAGUCGGCAGGACUAUGAAGACAUUGCAGUCAAACUGGGCUCUGACAUGGAAUAGUAAGUAAUCCUCCUGUCUUUUUUUUUGUUUGUUUUAAAACCUCGAAAACACGCGUUGACUUCACUUUCUUUUUAUCUGCUUUAGCCUGAAGAUGAUGAGGGCCCGUGUUUGGAAGCAGCGAAUCUGCAGCCCCCUCUUCAACACCAAGCAGUACACAGUGGACCUGGAGAGGCUAUAUCUGCAGAUGUGGGAGCAUCACAGCAACGGGAACAAGCCAGAGCACCUGGUCCAAACAAUAGAAGCCGGUGAAAAUGCCUGAACUUGAAGCACGCAGUUAUUUUCCCUCCUAUCCAAACCACAUCCAGUUAUCCUAAUCUUUUUUUUUUUUUAACAUUGUCUGCACCGUAGUCUGGAAUAGUCAGUUUUCUCCUCAGCCUUCUCCCUGGAUGAUAGUCUCCACCUCUCAUGUAAUGGAACUCUUUAUUUGUGAAGGAGCCAUCAGAUGUACAUAUUUUCCCUCAAAACAUUCACCACUGCACCACACACGUGAUUUUUGAGCCAGGUAAGCCUGAGACUUUCAGGCAGCACAUCUGAGACUCUUUCCCCAUAAAACAGUAUAUUUGGUGAGCAUGAGAGGAUUGUGAAUACCGUGCUUACCCCUUCACUUUUUGGAUCAGUGGAUUUCUUUUUUCUUGUCAGUGUGCAUACAAGACUUGUUGCAGCUUGUGGAGAGAAUGCCCUGCCAUCAGUAAUUGUUGAUCUAUUUAUAAAUGGAUUCAGAAUGUUGUGUGUUUUAAAAAAAGGACAAUGUUGCACCUUGAAAUUGUAACUGACUUGAGUUUCAUCAGCUUUAACACGCAAUAGUAAAACAUAGGUUGCGACUGCUCUUUAGUUUGUCUUAAGCUAUCAUAAAAUUUCUGAGUAAAUGUGCAAGUUUGGAGGAAUAUGGUCUAGAUGAAGAUGUCUCCCUCUCACCAAAUGCCAACUCUGAUGGCUUUUUUUGAAUAUGUUUAGUGGCUGUCGUCCUGUUUUGAUGUCAAAUUUAGCUUGUAAGGGUGAUUGGACAAAGCUGGACAGGAGCUUCAAAUUAUUAUAAAGGGCCUAAUUCUCAUUUAACUGUCAGACCUAAACAGAAAUUGAUCUUGUUUUUUUAAUCAUUUAAACCAGGAUCGGCCUAGGUAAGUAUUUUCUAUGCGUUUUUCUUUUUUUAUUGUCCUUCAACUGAAUGCUGUCAACAAUGCCACAAGCUCCAGAUAUUAUAAAAAAAUAAAGAGAUGGCAAACUCUGUUCUGUCUACUGCACUCACUUGAUUUUAUCUUUGCUGGAUUCAAUAAAGAUUUAACUCAAACAGCC